UCGAAACAAAAAAAUGUACAAGAUGCAAUUGUGACAGACCACUUGUAGACUUUUUUGGUGAUAAAGACGUUUAUUCUGGUUGCAAAACUUGCUGUAAUAGUAAAUCACAAGCAAAAAAACGAAAAAGGCAAGAAAUCGACAAUUGUAUGAUGGAAAAGGAAAACGUUGUUGAUCUUUUAAAUAUUACAGAUCAUAUCUAUAAUUCACUCUUAAGCAAUAAAGAUGUGAAUGAUGAUUUCAAAGGACAAACAAGAUUUCAACUUGAAUUUAACGUUAAUUCAGAAUCAAUUGAUGAAACUCUUGUUAACACUGAGCAGGACAAAAACUUGAGCAUUGCCAACCUAGUUAUUAAUGAAAUUAGUAAUGGCGAUGGCUAUUCAUAUGUACAUCAAUCAACCUAUAAUAGUAAAAAACAGGACUUUGUAAAAUAUACGUAUUGGUGCAAUGCUCGAAAUGAGCUACAUAAGCAUUAUAAGAAAGUUAGUGACAAAUCAAGGCAAUGUAGUACUGAAGCAUACAUUGAACGUUAUAAUU